AUGAAUCAAAAUAAUCAAACAGAGAAUUGUGGCUUUGACAAUUUAAAUUCAAAUAGUCAACAGUCCAAACAAGAGUCCUCGGGCCUAAUGAAAAUGGAGCGUAAAGUUAAAAAUAGUUCUGCGUCUGGCCCAGUAAUGGAUCAAGUGCAAAAAUUUUACGCCCGACAAGCCAAAACGGAAUCCUUAAAUUAUGAUAAAAAUAAUUCUGCCGCCACAACUAACCCAGUUAACCAGCACAAUUAUCUCCCUGAUUUCAAAGGAGCCUUAAAUAAUUUCUACGAUGAACGCCUCAAAGACUUGGUGGAAAAUAAAAGCACAGAGUAUAAAAAUCUUGCGGGAGAGUUCAUCCAAAAAAGUUUAAAUUAUCAAAAAGCCAUGUUAGCAAUUGGCUCCGUCUUGUGUGGUAUUCUCGUUCAACAAACUAUUGAGGCUUUGAUAAAUACCUCAUUAACGCUUUUGCCGUUUAAUGUUAGAACUCAAGCUGAUGAGAAAACUCAUUACUUAUUAGCCGAUAUUUUGAACCGUAAACUCCCUCUUGCUAAUUGUCGGGAUAAGAAAAUAUUUAGUCCCAAUAAUGAUGCCGAUUACCGCACUCUUUGCACGGAUUAUGAAAAUGAUUACGGACUUGACUUGCCAAAAGUAGAAAAAGUAAGUGAGGAAAUUGCUUAUGAAUAUCUAUUCUUGGUCGUGAAAAGUUUAAUUGGAGAAUUAAAGAAUUUUGCCUCGAAGACUAAAACUGCUCCCAAAAGUAAAAAAAAUAAAUCCACUAAACUCCUUAAACCUCGCACUCCUGUUUCUAAAGAAAAAACUUGUGCCUAUUAUGACUGUCUUAUUGACCUAGUAUCCUCUCCGCAAAAUGAUCGAACUAAAAUCACUGAGUUAACUCAUAAAUGUAAAUGUAGUAAAGAGAAAUUAGCCAAAGUAAAAGCCGAGAUUAAGCAUAAAUUAAUUCACGAAUUAGCCAAAAAUUAUAAAGAAUUUGGUGAAAAUUUAGGAAGGUAUGUGAAAGCGGAUAUUGUGGGGUCCUUUGGAGUAAUUUUAGCCUUAUUAGCCAUGUUUUUUGGUUAUAACCUAAAAUUAGGGGCUCGUACGGCUAAAUUAGAGAAAAAGAACGGCAAGGAGCAAAAGCAAAUUGACGAUUUGAAAAAAGAAGUUGAAGAAUUAAGACGGGGAGUUAAAAAUUAG